UUUUGUUUGUUAGAGAAAGUAAACAAUUUUUGCCAGACUGAAAAAAGUGGUUCACGUUAAUAUUGCAUUUUAAUAAAUUAAAUAGUAAACAAAUUAUAAAAAAAAUGGACUACGAUUUUAAAAUGAAAACACAAAUAGAACGCACAAAAGUGGAGGAUUUAUUUGCGUUUGAAGGUUGUAAAGUGGGCCGUGGCACAUAUGGCCACGUUUACAAAGCUAAAUGGAAGGAAACUAGCGACGGCAAAGAAUAUGCACUCAAACAAAUCGAUGGCACUGGUUUGUCCAUGUCUGCUUGUCGUGAAAUUGCAUUGCUCCGUGAGCUGAAGCAUCAAAAUGUCAUAACAUUAAUUAGGGUAUUUCUAUCGCACAAUGACCGAAAAGUAUUUCUACUAAUUGACUACGCUGAACAUGACUUAUGGCAUAUAAUCAAAUAUCAUCGUGCAGCUAAAGCAUCCAAGAAACCUGUUAUAGUGCCGCGCGGUAUGGUUAAAAGUUUACUGUACCAAAUUUUAGAUGGAAUACAUUAUUUGCACAGCAAUUGGGUGCUACAUAGAGAUUUAAAACCGGCUAACAUAUUAGUAAUGGGUGAUGGCAAUGAGCGUGGCCGUGUGAAGAUAGCUGAUAUGGGUUUUGCGCGUCUCUUUAAUGCGCCUCUAAAACCACUAGCAGAUCUUGAUCCUGUGGUAGUGACAUUUUGGUAUCGUGCACCAGAGUUGCUACUGGGAGCGCGGCAUUAUACAAAAGCUAUUGACAUUUGGGCAAUCGGCUGCAUAUUCGCUGAAUUGCUCACAUCAGAACCAAUUUUUCAUUGCCGUCAAGAAGAUAUAAAAACCAGCAAUCCAUAUCAUCAUGAUCAAUUGGAUCGUAUUUUCAAUGUAAUGGGAUUUCCACAAGAUAAAGAAUGGGAAGAUAUCAAAAAAAUGCCUGAACAUCAUACAUUAAUUAAAGAUUUUAAGCGUUCUAAUUACGCCACCUGUUCAUUAGCUAAAUAUAUGGAUCGUCAUAAAAUUAAACCCGAUAGUAAAGCAUUUCAUUUAUUGCAAAAACUUCUACUGAUGGAUCCAAAUAAACGUAUAACUUCGGAACAAGCUAUGCAGGAUCCUUAUUUCCAAGAAGAUCCAUUACCUACACAAGAUGUUUUUGCCGGUUGUCCUAUACCGUACCCAAAACGUGAAUUUCUAACUGAUGAUGAUCAAGAAGACAAGAAUGAUAAUAAACGGCAGCAACAGCAGCAGCAGCAACAACAGCAGCAGCAACAACAGCAGCAACAACAACAGCAGCAACAACAGCAACAGCAGCAGCAACACCACAAUGAAGCGAAACGUGUACGUUUAUCAGCACCAAAUCAGCAACAACAACAACAAGUGCAGAAUCAACAAGAUUUUCAUCAUCAGCAGCAACAACAACAGCAGCAGCAACAACAGCAAAUGAUGUUUAGUCAGCAGCAACAAAAUUUUCAACAACGUUUUUAAAGACUUCAAUUGAAGGAAUUUAAUAAGUUGAACUGAAUGUUGAUGGGAGCGAUCAAAGGUAGUGAAGCAAUGAAAAAUAGUUGUAGUUAUUGUCAAAGAGCCAAGAUUAUUCGUACGUCUCUUGUUUAAUAAUAUUCAUAAGUUUUGAGAAUAUCAGGCUCUUAAGUAAUACACCAACAUUAAAGCCAAUUGUCAACGUCUUCUCUUAAAAUAACAAUAGAGAUCUCUAAUUUUUUCUAUCAACAUUCUAAUCUAUAAGUGAAUAUUUCGAUAUAGAAAGAGUGUUUCGAAGAACGGAUGGGUCUACGUCCCAUUCGCCAAUUUCGACAAAAAACCGGCGUUUAUCACCUUCCGAAGGGUCUACAUAAUCCCUAUGGGCUACAACAACAACAUAUAGAAACAGUGUGAUCUUCAAGGUAAAAUUUGUAAAGCAAUAAACUUCUCAACAAGCCUUCACUUAAAAUCUCUAGAGAUAAAAAGCAAUGUCUUUCUUUAAUAAGAACUGUCCUAGUCCAAUUAAGUUCAGGAUGUUCCUAUGUGCGAAGAAAAUAUUUUACACAUAUAGCCACAUCAAUUCGCAAUAUGUACCCCAACUGUAGCUCUAUUCUCCAUUAUAUAGUCAGUCUAUUCUCAUGUCUAAGUUGACAAACACAUUUGAUUUCUAUUGAUCUAUGGGAAUUCCGUCCUUUGCUCUUACUAAGAACGGUUUCUUUACCCAAAGUAUAAUACAUAAAUACAUUAUU